AUGGAAGACGGUAUUAUUGACGAUCAAGAGUGGCAAGAAGAAGUCGUUGUCUUACGCUCCGAGACUGCUCAGGUUCUUGCAACCCAGACUCAAUCCGGUUAUGAAUACCUACAUGAUGUUCAUGAAUCAACUCGAUCUAUGAAGCUGUUGGAUAGAGGAAUCAUUACUAUAUCAAGAAAGAAAAGAAAUGAGGAAACUCAUUCUGUUAACAUGGUGCAUGGAUGCCCUGGGAGAAUUUGUUUUGUAAAUCCUCGAGGCUGUCGUCAAGUCAGAAAAGAAAUUCAGAAGAUGUUGGAUGAGAGGACUCUCCACAUUACUUAUGAAAGAGAUGAUGACAUUAAUAUGGUGACUGCUGAGUUUCCGGUCCCCGAAGUUGUGGAGAUAUCUUAUGAUAGUCAAAACAUGGUUGUUAUUCCUCUCACAAUUCAAAUGCCAAAGCCAUUUCCUUACAACUCAAGUACUAUUGUUCCUUGGAGAUAUGGUGCUACCAUCAUAACAGGGGGAGAAGAAGUUAGUUCUGGACCUGAGUCGACUGUUGUGAACAUUGCUGAUGUAAGCCGUAUGACUCGAAGCGGUCGUUUGUUUGCACCAAUUCCUCCUAAGACCAGAAGUAAUUUGGCUGUACAAGUUCCUCCUCAGAAGGAUGUGCCUAGAGAAGAUCCUUUUAUCCCUAAACCCGUCUUUGAAACUAAAGAUGAUGAUGCGGAAGAAUUUCUGAACCUAAUCAAGAAGAGUGACUACAAGGUGGUUGACCAACUCCUUCAGACACAAUCAAAGAUAUCCCUGUUGGCCUUAUUGGUACACUCAAAAGCUCACCUGAAUGCACUAAUAAAAGUUCUGAAGCAAGCCUACAUUGAACAAGAUGCAACCCUUGAGCAGUUUGAUAAUGUUCUUUCCAACAUCACCGUCAACAAUGUAUUGAGCUUUAGUAAAGAAGAAAUGGAGCAUAAUCAUGCCCUACACAUCUCCAUUGAAUAUGGAGAAGAUACCCUGACAAAUGUGCUAGUUGAUAAUGGUUCAUCCUUGAAUGUCGUGCCCAGAAGCACCUUAGAAAGAUUGUCCUAUCAAGGGGCGACUAUAAGGCUGAAUGGGUUUGUUGUGAAAGCUUUUGAUGGUUCAAAGUGCACUGUGAUUGGAGAGAUUGAUCUUCCUAUCCACAUCGGACCUUAUGAUUUUGAUAUCACUUUUCAAAUAAUGGACAUCUACCCCGCUUACAGCUGUUUAUUGGGAAGACCCUGGAUCCAUAGUGCUGGAGCUGUUACAUCCAUUUUCCACCAGAUGAUGAAGUUUGCUGUGAGAGACAAGUUGAUUACUUUUUAUGGAGAACAAACUAUAUUCGUGAGUCAUUUGUCUUCUAUCCCCAAUAUUGAAGAAUUUGAAGCUCAAUUCCAAGCUUUGGAAACUGUUAAUCCUGAGUAUGGAAAGAAAGCUGGUGCGUCUAUUUCAUCCUGGAAAGAUGCCCAACAAGUGGUUGCCCAACGAUCUUAUGAAGGCUGGGGAUUAUCUCUUGAUAAACCCGCUGAAAACAAUGAUCCUAGGCCCUCUCCCAACUUUGAAUACCCUGUGUACGAAGCUGGAGAAGAGAGUAGUGAAGAGAUCCUUGAAGAGAUCACCCAUCUACUUGAGCACGAGGAAAAGAUCAUUGAGCCGCACAAAGAGCCUUUGGAAGUAAUCAAUUUAGGUACUGAAGAAGAGAAAAGAGAAAUGUGA